GUUAGAUUAAUAAAAUAAACAUUAUAUUUUUAAAAUUAGCACAUAAACUUAAAGGCAAAUGAUAAAUACUGAAAAAAAUUUGUUCAGUCAACAUAUUAUAUCAUAAAAAUCGUUAAUUUAAUUAUGAAGGAUCUUAAGGUUAAAUAAAUCUAAAACUUCUAUUUUAGCCUCAUGAUCGCGCUAUGAAAGUAACUGUAAAAAGUUGGACAGGGGUUGCAACUUGGAGGUGGGUAGCAAACGACGACAAUUGUGGGAUUUGUCGUAUGCCAUUUGAUAGCUGCUGUCCAGACUGCAAACUACCUGGGGACGACUGCCCUCUAGUUUGGGGUGCUUGCUCUCACUGUUUCCACAUUCACUGUAUCGUAAAGUGGCUACACUCUCAGCCUCAACAGCAGUGUCCUAUGUGCAGACAAGACUGGAAGUUCAAUAACAAGUGAAAUAUUCGUUACGUAAACAGUUCCGGGCGAUCAGCACAAUGUCGUUGCAAGGCCUGCCCCCUCUACCGAAGAGUCUCAGUGGCUUCGCGGAAGACGAUCCGGAUACUCCGGACCCUCCAGACACAUCUAACGAAAAACCACCCACCGAUCUUGAUUCACAGCUCGUUUAUCUCAAGAAAGAAAUGGCCAGCCUGCGUCAGUUGGAUCUGUCGCUGUUGUCCGAAUUGUGGAGUCUGAGCGAGGCCAUGGCGUCGUGGAGGAGACAGCUGGAACGGGCGCCGCGACUCAGACCAGCACCACCACCGCCCCCACCCAUACACUACCUCAGGACAUAGCCCCGCCACAG